AUGUUCUUGUGUUGCUCAAACGCCACUGGAUCUCAUAAACUUAAAAUUUUUGUAAUCGGAAAAGCGAAGAAGCCACGCUGCUUUAAAAACUUUCAGUGUCCCACCGACUACAAAAGCUCAAAAUCAGCUUGGACGACGUCGUUCAAAUCAGCCUGGAUAACAACGCUCCUUUCCAAUCCCAAUGAAGCUGAACUGACAACAGAAGAUUGGCGGAUUUUCGCAAAUGUUCAUGCCACCAAACGUUACUCCCCUCAUUCAACCGUUGGAUCAGAAUGCAAUAAAAAUGACGAAGCUGCACUACAGAAAAAGCCUUUUAGCUUCAAUGGCAGCGACGCAAUCUGA